AUGAAGAAUCUGGACAAUGAACUUAUUAAGUUCAUUAUUUCAAGGUGGGAUGGGAAGAAUAACUGUAUCCACUUGGAUGAUGGAAAGAAGAUUUGUAUUACGGAAGAGGAUGUUUACAGAGUUUAUGGUCUUCCAAGGGGACCAAAUGUUGUGUGUUUGCAGAAAACAUCAAAGGUGAAUUCUAACCUUGGUAAAGAUUAUGGUUUCUGUAAAACUGGGAAGGGUACUGUUGGUUUUGAGAAUUUGAGGGCUUGUAUGGGAGCGAAGAAGUCUGAUUCUAGGUGGGUGAAUAUGUAUGUGCUGAUGAUUUUUUGCCGCCUUUUCGAAUCUGUUACAUCUAGGACGGUGACAAUAGAAUACUUGACUUUUCUUUCUCAAGGAAUGGUUAAGUAUUUUUGUGACUAUGAUUGGUGCGGUUAUGUGUAUGGUCUCAUUUGUGAUAAGGUGACAUCAAGUCAGCAUCACAGUUGGGUUGAGGGAGAUAUGCAUUUCUUGCUUGUUUGUUUCCUCGAUAGGACAACUGUGAAUGAGGAAGAGGCCAGCCGCUGUGUUAGUAAUUUGGUGCCAACCUCUUAG